AUGUGCACCAUCCGGUGUCUUGUGGCUUUUGUUAUCAAGAAAGGAUGGUCUCUCUUUCAAUUAGAUGUUAACAAUGCAUUCCUCCAUGGCGACUUAGAUGAGGAGGUUUACAUGAAGUUACCUCUAGGUCUUACUGUUAAUUCCACUGUUCAACACACUUCUACUUUGGUUUGCAAGCUCCAAAAAUCUCUUUAUGGUCUAAGGCAAGAAUCUCGUCAGUGGUAUGCCAAGUUAUCCAAUGCUCUUUGCUCUAGGGGUUAUGUUUCUUCACUAAAUGACUAUUCUCUCUUCAUUAAGAAAUCUGCCACUUCCAAUGUUUUUCUUGCUAUGCAUGUGGAUGAUAUUAUUCUUACGCGUGAUGACCUUAAUGAAAUCUCUGCCCUUAAGGAGUUCCUAAACAACCAAUUUAAGAUCAAAGAUUUGGGUUUACUCAACUAUUUUCUUGUCAUUGAAGUCUUCUAUGAUGACUCUGGGGUUAUUCUUCAUCAACAAAAGUUCAUUGCUGAAUUACUUCAUGAAUUUAAUUGUGAUUCUGUUUCAGCUGUGGUUUCUCCUCUUGAAUUGGGUGUAAAACUGAAAUCCGAUGAUGGGGAGUUGUUGCCUAGGCUUGACACUUUUAGAAGUUUAGUUGGUAAGCUUAAUUUUCUCACCCACACAAGGCCUGAUUUGUGCUUUGUUAUUCAGCACUUAAGUCAGUUUCUCAAGUGUCCUAGGGUGCCUCGUAUGAAUGUUGCUCUUCACAUUUUGAGAUAUUUGAAAGGCACUCCUGAUUUUGAGGUUUUUCUCAAUAACUCCCCUAAUUUUUCCAUACUUGCCUACUGUGAUAGUGAUUGGGCUGCGUGUUCUGAGUCACGUAGGUCUGUUUCUAGGUUUUGCAUAUCUUUAGGUGGGAGUUUAAUAAGUUAG